AUGGGAAACAACCCCUCGUCAUCCAAGUCCACGACGCCUGUCUCGUCGCAGGACUCUCCCAAGCACCAUCACCACCACCACCACCACCCCAAGAGGGAGUCCAAACACAUCAUUCCGCCGCGGUCUGCCGAGCGAGUCGCUGCCCCGCCCGAACCCUCCCUCACCCAGGCUCAGGGUUCCACGAUCACAAAGGGUCCCAAGCCCCUCCAGUCCAUUCCAAUCUCAAACUUCACCACCGGCUCUCCCUCGUCGAACUCGAGUAACUCCGCCCCGCAACCGAAGCCUCCCGAAGCCAAGCACAUCGUCCGCGAUGCGCCUAGCAAGCCCGUAAACGUCCCUGCUGCCGCCGCCGCCACCACCGAAUCCUCCUCCCUCCGUUCCCAUUACUCUGCCCACAUGAUUGAACCAGCCUUGGUGGGGAACAGCAGCGUGAACGACAUGUCGUAUUUGACACGUCCGCCGCGUAUGCCGCUCCCUAUCGAGGAAGAGAUUCACACUCCCGGAUCGCCCAUAAUCGCGCCCUCCGACACCAACGACGGCAGUGUUCCCGAGGUGGAAAUCCUCGAAGAUGGCAUGACUAGGAAGUCGUCGGCACUGAGCACGAACACCGCGGAAGAUGAAGAUAACGAGGAGUUGAUCGUCGACAAGACCCGGCCCACAGUGCCGACCCGUCUUGAAUGGCGCAAGGGAGGAGGCAAGAUCUACGUUACGGGAACCAUCUUCCAAUGGAACCGCAAACAUAGAUUACAUCCUGUCGAAGGACAGCCUGGCGUGUUUGCGGCGACGAUUCAUAUCCUUCCGGGCACACACCACAUCAGAUUCUUGGUGGACGGGAUCAUGCAGACCUCGCCCGACCUGCCGACAACCGUGGACUUCGGAAACAACCUGGUGAAUUUCAUCGAAGUCAGCGCCGACGACCUGCCGGCGAAGGCACCCGUUGAACCUGGGAAGGACGGCGUCGCCACAGCAGCUACCGUCGACAAGGGUGCUCUCAAAACCUCUGGGUCCCAGACUGAUGACCAACCCAAGCCCCCUAGAGGCAGGGAGGUGCCGUCGCCAAGUCAGUACUUCCAGCAAAUACCCAAGUACCUGGUGGAUUUCGACCAGCCCGAAGACUCGCCGGCGUAUCAGUAUGCGGUGACCGCUAUCGAGAAGCUGCCGACCCCUCCCAGCUUGCCCGGCUUCUUGGGCAAGCCCAUCCUGAACGCAGCAGUCCUUAUGAAGGACGACAACAGCGUUCUUAACAUGCCUAACCAUACCGUGCUCAACCACCUUGCUACCAGUAGUAUUAAGAACAACAUCCUGGCAGUCUCGGCCACGACGCGCUACAAAAACAAGGCAAGCCACCCACUUCUUGUUACACAGUUCUUCACUCAUACCAAAUACAGUACGUCACGACAAUCAUAUAUAAGCCCACCACAACAGAAGAGUAGUCGAUGA